UUUACGGUUACGGAUGUGUUUGGAAUGUGUUGCGGAAAAAACUAGAACAGUGAAAAAAAAUUUAUGAAAAAAAGGAAAAACCCAAAUCUAAAUAAGUAGAAAAAAAAGAGUGCAAAGCAAUUUGGUCUUUUAAAAAAUGCUUAAAAAGGCCUCUUGCAAGUGAAGAAAGUAAAUAAAAAAUUGAAAAGAAAUAUAAUAAAUUAUAAAUUAAACAUAUAGAAAAGUGUAAGAAAAAUAUGAUAAAAAAAGUAAAAAUUUCUAUAGAUAUAGAUAGAAAAUCCACGACCAAACCCUAAACCUACAAACAACAACAUCAUCAUCAUUAUUUCCAUCUUCAUCUCCAACAUCAAGCACAAUUUAAUGGGAUACGGAAAUUCAAAGUUUGUGAGAAAACAAAUUUGCAAAAACAUCCCAUAAAUUUGUAUAUAUUAAGAUAUAAAAAAAAAUCAACGAAAAUCGACUGCUGCUGUUAACACAAAGACGUUGGUGUGUAAAUGCGAGGAAUGAGCAAAAAGAAAAUUAACAACAUCAUCCAACAUUAAACAUUUAAUGAGAAAAUCUUACCACUACAACAGCAACUACAUACCAAAUGACAUAGUGUAGUUGUAGACAUCGUUUAAUCCUGUUGUGUUAAACAUACAUUAUACAUAAUCAUUAUUUUUCCAAAAAAGACAGACUACACAGAGAGAAGACAGGGUAAACGAGAAAGAAAGUAGAUAAGUAUGAGUAAUAGAAUUAGUGUGUGAGUUUAUGAAAGACAAGAAGGAAAAAUAUUCACCAAGUAGCAAUACAUUGCUGCUAACGCUGCUGCCACUACAAACUAUUAAAGCUACUGCUGCCACCGUUUAACACAAAAUAUAACAAUAAUACAAUGUCAAAUGUCAAACAUGAAAAUCAAGAUUAAAAGGAAACGGUUUCCAAGUACUGUUACUAAAUAAAACUUCUAUAAAACUACAGUUUUUUGUAGCUGCAGUCUCUUCACAUCGCUGGCGUUUGUGUGCCGAAACUCUCACCCACAUAUUCAAACAUAAAGGACUUAAACAUACACAUACGAAUUAUUAUUAUUAUUUGGAUGUCAUUAUGUCGUUAUGUACCGUUAAACUCAAAUACAUUGAAAAUUAAAUACUAAACAGCAAAGCAACGAGACCAAGAAAAAAAAUAUAUUUGUGUCAGUCAUUAUGCUGUUUGUUGCUGUAUAUUUGUGAAUGAAAAGACCCUGACUGAAGCAACAACAGCAACAAAAAUACCGAGAAAAUCCUAGUUAUUCAAACGUAUAAAUGAAUGAAAAUAAUGACUGACUCACCGUCUAAACGUAUGGCUGGCUGACUGUUUCUGCUUGCAUUUAUUUGUUAACUUUUUUUUUCGAUUCGUUUUUAUGCCAUUACCGUUGUGGUUUCUGCAUUCAUUUCUUGUUUUUCUCUACUCUACUCUACUCUUCGACAUCUUUGUCAUAUUGGGUGGUGGGACUUUUGAUUGCAGUGUUGUAUUUUUAUUAUCCUUUUAAAUACAAGUUUCAACGAAAUACAUCAACGUAAUGGGUGAUUUACAAGCAACAAUUGAAUUUUCAGUGGAAUUGUAUAUUUUUAAUGUCGACUUAUUUCAAAGAGGUUUAUAUCAAGUACGAUGUGCCCUGCGUGUCUCACCCCGUUUACCGGUACAAAUCGAGACCACAAUACCAGAAACCACAGCUAAUGGCCAGCCAGCAGCACAGCCCAUUAUAUCAAAUGGAAGUGGUGCUAGCGGAGGUAGUAGUGAUGCUGCUAAUACAAAUACCAACAGUAAUGGAAGUGGUAACAAUCAACAACUUCAUCAUCAACCUUCCGAUAUACCACCACUACCUAAUAAUGUGCACAAUUUAGGUUCGGCCAGUAUAAUUAAUGGGGCGGGGGCCUCACGUGUUUUUCAAAUACUCUAUCGCAAUGAAGAGGUGACAUUACGUGAUGUAAUAUACUUUCGAACACAUUUAUUAGUUGACAGUCGUCAUUUAAAAGAGUCUAUAGAACGUGCAGAAUUUUCAUUACAACUUGAAUUGUGGUUUGCUGAACAGAAUGGUUCUGCCUCGAAUUUAUCCUUGGCAUCAACGCGUACAUUACAACUUAACUUUCAUCCAGGACGUGGUUUACACUAUCACUUGCCCGUAUUUGAUUAUUUUCACUUGGCUGCCGUAAGUGUGGGCAUACAUGCAAGUUUGGUGGCAUUGCAUCAGCCAUAUAUCAAGUAA